UUGCACCGAACCUGAUAGACUUGGUGCUUAGAGGAAGGGUUACCUGAAAGUCUGAACUCAGGAGGAAAUUAAAUUCAAACCAAUGUCAGACAUUCUCAGCUACAGCGCCCCCCCCUUGGUGGAGCCUGGCAUAGCCUGUGUUUGGUGUUGCCAGGAGACUUAUUAAAACAGACAGAAGUCUCUACUGUAUAUUCACUUCCCUGCAACACUUCUAAUUAUGGAAGUUAUGGAAAGCUCUGAUGAGGUGGACCAGUCCCAUGAGAGAGAGAGGCUGAAGAUGAGAAUAGCUGUUUUAGAGGAGAGUAUGAAGUCCUGUGAGAUUGAGUGUAAAGCCAGCAGAGAGACGGUACUGAGGCUUGUGGCAGAGCUGGAUCGAGAAAGGAGGAAGGCUGCCGGUAGUGCAGCAGCACUCGAUUCCCUCAAAGUGGAGUUAGAUGGCCUGUUGAUGGGAAGGAGGAGUGUUGAGGCGGAGAAGGAAACCCUAGUGGAGAGGCUUGGGGCCAGCAAGAGGGUCAUACAGGCAACUAGGCGAGAGUCACAUUGUUUGGAGAAACAGGUGGAGGAGCUUGAAAGAAAGCUACAGUCAAGCAAAGGAGAGACACAGGCUGCUGAGGAGAAACUACAGAUGUUCCUGAAAAAGGUGGCAGGCCUGCUGCAGGGAAAGUCUGAAAAUGUCGUCCUGCCCACAGAGAAAGAUAUUUUACAUAAAGUGGAUAACCUCUGCAAUAAGUCUUUGUCAGAGAUGGAGGCCAGGCUCUGUCAUGUUUCUGAGGAGCUGAGCGAGCAGAUGGAGCUGCAGAACAGUGUACUACAGAGGGCUCAGCUUGCAGAGCAGCAAGUCCAGGACCUGAGGGAGAGACUGCAAGGUCUGGAGACUGAGCUGUUGAAAGCAGACAUGCAUUGUGACGGGCUGAGACACAGCAAACAGCAUUAUGAAGAGUUCCUGGAAAAGCUGUCAGGGACAAUGAAGGUGGACAGUAUUGCUGUGGAUCUAGGCUUCGACAUGAGGCUAAAACUCAUCCUGUCACGUGUAGAGCAGCUUGUUAAACAAGAGGCAACUGCUUUGGUGGAAAGCAAAAGUCUGACCUACAGUCUACAGCGAAAGUUAAAGUCACAGAAAGACCAACUAGAGAGCAAAGGACUCCACAUCCAGCUCCUGAGGAAGAAGGUGUCCGAACUGGAGGAGGAGAAGAGGAGAAGAUCAGUGUUGGCUGUGGAACGAGAUGAUGCACAUCUCGAGACCAGGAGGCUGCAGAAAAAACUGGAGCGUCUUCAAGGCGAGCUCAAGGCCACCAAGAUGUCCAACACUGAGCUCAAGGCCCAGCUGUCCCACACCAAUGAGCUCAAGUUAAAAGUCAUGGAACACAGUCAGACCAUGCAGGAGCAGAAAAAGAGGCUGGAUCAGCUGGUGGAGGGGAAGGCCAAGGUGGAGAAGAAGCUGAACAUAGUGAGCUUAGACCUACAGAGCCAAGAGACGAAGACCAGAGAGGACCAGCAACAACUCAACACCCUCAGACAGAGCCUGGCACAGCUGUCUGAGAGGGAGAGAGAGUUGGUGAAUUUCCGAAUGGUUGUUUCCCAGAUGUUGGGUCUGGAUGCCACAGACCUGGCUCUUCCAAAUCAUGAAAUCAUCAAAUUACUGGAGACCUUUCUUCACACUCAUCAUCACCAUCACCACCUUCAUCAUGUUAAUAUGCCCUGGCACUGUCCUACUCACCAGAGGCCUCAUCUCCCUCAAGUCCACGAGCUUCCUGACAGCUCCUUGGGUGUCUCUACCUCCAGGUCUGCUUAUCUAGGGGAUGCAGUUCCCCUUCAUGAAGCCUAGGUUUAUACAUUAUACUUAUGCCAAACUGCACUUAAAAUGUAAAAGGUACAAUUGUGGUCUAAACACUAUAUGAAAAUAGACCUUACACAGUAUAAAAUGCUCUAUCAAACAUCAUGUUUUUCUUAUUUGUGUUUUCAGGAAAAGCUCAGUAUAUAUAUGAUUCACUGAACAAAUAGUAGACAUGUAUAAUCACAUUAAAACAAUUAAAUAAAAAGACAAAUUUCAAAA